GUUCGCGUGGCGGGGGCGGCAACGACGAUGACAUUAUUUUAUUUAUGCUGUGAUAGUGAAAUAACAACAACAACAACACCUAGAACAACAACACCCAGCCCCCUCAAAUCAAUCGCAAUAUUUUCGAGGAGAGACGCAACACCAAUGGAGAGUCAUUAUAUUUAACGAUAAAAACGGAAAAAAUUAACCAAAAGCUUUAACCAAAUAAAAAACACCAAGCAAAUCGUUGCAAACCGUAUAAAUAAAUAAAACCUUAAUUAAUAGUGACAACAGCACCAAUUAGCGGAUAACCUAUAAAAUAUUAGUCAAUAUGUUUAGCUAGUUACAAUUUACAUAGAUAACAUUUAAUUAGUGGCUUCAAACAAAACACCAACAACCCACAAAAAGGGGAAAAACCAAUACCUAGUUCAAUUGUACGGAACGCAAAAACUAACGAAUAGAGAUUAGGAAAACUGGCCAACUGAUAAGGCUGGCGAAAAUAUUAAGCUUAUAACGAAUAGGAAAUAAUAAUAGCAACGGCCCACCCACCCGCGCCGAAAGCCCCGAAAAGCGAAUUCAUUCAGAAAACGUGCCACACAACCGGACGGCAGCGACGUCGACCGCGGCAGCGACGGACAACGGUAAAUGUCAAAGUCAUAAAGAGAAAGCAGAGAAAUGCCGCUGAGAGAAAGCUCAAAAGAAAUGUCAAAACUCUAAGGAGAGGGGUGGUAAACGCUUGGGGUGAAAGCUUAUCGCGAAAUUUUGAUUAAAACAACGUCAAGUGUCAAAAUCAUAAAGAGAGAGAGCAAGGAAAGUGCCGCAAAGAGAAAGUAUAAAGCUCAACAAAAAGGAGAAGGCAGAAAAAGUAGAAAAUCUCCGGUUAAAUAAUUAACCUGAGCUUUUGGUGAAAGAGGCGCUAAAUAUCAAACACACUGAGUAAAAAUACAGCAACGCUUAGAAUUUUAGUAACGACAAAACAAGCUUAACAAGUAUUAAAAGGAAAUAAUAUUAAUAAAAAAGAUCUUUCGGCCAAAUCCUAAAAACGGGAAAGCAAGCAAACAACCGUUACGAGGACUCCUCUUUGGAAUAAAACCUAAGCCAUAGCUUUCGGGGAAGAUCACAAAAUAAUUUGACAGAAUUACUUUUAAAAUUUUAGCGGCAUUAAAUAUAAAAUAAAAAGUCAUAAAGAAAGUUAGCCAACAGAAAGGGAAAGUAAAAACCCAGUGAAUCUCCGUGGAACUAUACCAAUGUAAAAGCCUUAAGGGAAAGCUCAGGACGAAAGCUCAAGCAAAGCUUUUGGCCAAGACACAAGCCAAUAAAUCGAGACCAAUGGCCACCACAGCGGUGGGAAUGGGAGGAGGAGUAGGUCAGGGAGGAGCGCCAGCGGGAGCAGCGCAUCCCGACGACGCCAGCAGCAUGAGCGACGACGUCUUCGAGGAUGCGGAGACCACCCAGGCGAGGAUCGAGGAGUUGCGUCGCCGACCCUUCGGCGAUGGCUGCUACAACCCCCCGCAGCGCCCGCCUCUGUCUCGGCAUCGAUAUCGACAGCAACGACGCAGCAGCAGCACCACCACCACCAUCACAAUCCGCACCACCACCACCACAGCCAGCUGAGCUUGAC